AUUAAGGCACUGGUCAGAGUGUAUUUGGAGUAUUGUGAGCAGUUUUGAGGAAGGAUAUGCUGCCGUUGGAAAGGGUCCAGAGGAGUUUUACAAAAUUGAUCCCAGGGAUGACUGGGUUAACAGAUCAUGAGCGUUUGAUGGCAUAAGCCAGUACUCUGGAGUUUAGAAGGAUGAGUGAGAACCUCAUUGAAACUCACCGAAUAGUGAACGGCCUGGAUAGAAUGGAUGUGGAGAGGAUGUUUCCACUAGUGGUAGAGUCUAGGACCAGAGGGCAUAACCUCAGAAUAAAAUAAUGCACCUUUAGAAGGGAGAUGAGAAAGAAUAUCUUUAGUCAGCGAGUGGUGAAUCUGUGGAAUUUAAUAUCUCAGAUGGAUGUGGAGGCCGUCUUUGGGUAUUUUUAAGGCGAAGAUUGACUUAUGUGCGGACUCGGUGGGCCGAAGGGCCUGGUUCCCCGCUGUAUCUCUAAAGUCUAAAGUCAAAAAGGUUACAACACAUGAGUGGCAUAAUGGUACUUAUGGGGAUGCUGUGAGACCUGGCAUAGAUUCCAUGGGCCUAUGGUUUAUUUCAAUGUCAUGAGAAAUAAAUGAAAUGUAAGAAUUAUGAAAUUGAGCAAAAAGUUGCAUGUUGCAGGGGAAAUUGUUAAAAGUCUAUGCAAAUUAUUACAGUCUAUCAGGUAACUGAACCAUUCCAUUAGAGAGCAGUCCUGAGUUACUAUCUACCUCAUUGGAGAUACUCGGACUAACUUUGAUCCAACUUUACUGAAUUUAUCUUGCACUAAAUGUUAUUCACACUAUUCCCUUCAUAAUGUAUUUAUGCGCUGUGAAUUGGCUCGAUUGUAAUCACGCAUCGUCUUUCAACUGACUGGUUAGCUGGCAACAAAAGCUUUUCAUUGUACCUCCGUACACAUGACAAUAAACUAAAUCCAAGCUCAAACUUAAAUUAGCCGAGUAAUUUUGAUGCCCUCUUCCACCAAGCGUCAGAAAUUAGACUUGCUGCAUUGGGUGAUGAAAUGGGGUUGUUUAGCUUGCUGUCUCGCCAUCCUCACCUGCCCGGAAAAUUCCAUUCCGUGUGCUCAUUAAUUUGUAUAUGUCUGAACUCAAUGACAUAUGCAGACCUAAUUAUUUGCAAAUGAUCGAGCAGAAUUAGAAAUGGCCUUUCCACACCAGACCUUCAAAAUUCAACUGAACAAAUCAUAACUAAUAAACAAAAAUGCAAAGAGCGCAAAAAUGCAACAAGGAUUAAGUACCCAGAAUGUCAGGCUUUGGGAUCAAAAAGGUGAUAAAUGUAAUGUUAUAUUCAUUACUAAAAAUAGAUCACAGAAAAGUACAGUACUGGAACAGGCCCUUUGCCUUCAACAUCUGUGCUGAACUAAAUGCCAAGAUUACUAAUUUCCUUUGCCCGAAAAUGAUCUAUUUCCCUUUCAUCCAUGCAUAUCCAUGUACCUAUCUAAAAGGCUCUUAAAUGCCAACCAUCCACCUUCACCUCUACCCCAGCAGCACAUUCCAAGUACCCACAAUGCCCUCUGUGAAAUAAACUUGCCCCCGCAUAUCUCCUUUAACCUUUGCCCCUCACAUCUUAAAGCUAUGCCCUCUAGUUUUUGACAUUUCAACCCUGGGAAAGGUUCUGACUGUCUAUCCAAUCUAUUAUUUUAUUAGACUUCUAUUAGGUCUCCCCUCAACUUCUGCUGUUCCAGAGAGAACAAUCUGUUUUUCCAAUCUUUUCUUGUAUUCUCUAAUUCAAGCAGUAUUCUGAUAAACUUCUUCUGCACUCUCUCCAAAGCUUUUUCACCCUUUGUGUAAUGGGCCAGCCAUAAUUGCGCAUAGGUCUGCACACAUAGUACCAUUGGGUUAAAUUAACCUUGAUAUGAGUAAUGCACAAUUGUUUGCCACAGGGUGCAGCCAGACAUGGUUGUUGUCAAGAUAGACACCUUGGGUUGGAGUUUGCAUAACCUGGAGCUUACUGCCAAAAAGGUAAGUCAAUUUUGUUUGACGCAGCUUGACUUGACUUGACUUGUCCAUAAGAAGUAACAUAUUCAGUACACUCAUAAUUACAUAGUAAGAAUUCUUGGUAAUUAACUCUGUGAAUAAGCUCCACAUAAAUAAAACAACUUGCCAUCAUAUCAAGUUAGUUGUGUCUGAUGUCUGUCUACCCAAAACUGGGAAGUAGUUUCUAACACAGGGAGCUAAGGCUGCAAGGAUGGCAGGAGGAGCAAUCAGUUCAUUUCUACUGCUGGCUUCUGUGACUAUCAUCUCAGGAACAAAUUAUUGUGGAGUCAGAGGCCCUCCAGGAUUACCUGGACCAAGAGGCCCACCAGGAGAAAAUGGCAUGAUGAAUAGAGGGCCACCAGGUAUGCCUGGAUUAGAAGGACAACAAGGAGUACAAGGAGCAUCCUUUGUGGGAAAAGCAGGAAAUCCGGGAUUACCAGGAGUAAAGGGUAAACAAGGACCUUGUGGAGAAAUUGGUGACAUAGGCCCUCAAGGAUUACAAGGACUGGAUGGUCUGCAAGGACUAUAUGGUGUUCCGGGUAAAAGUGCAAUACCACAAAAUGGUGAGCCAGGUUCCCAAGGACCGCCAGGUUCUCCAGGACCAGAAGGCAAAAAUGGAACAUAUGGAGAACCAGGGUUUUCAGGUUUGCGUGGAGAAGAAGGCAACAUUGGGGUUGGUCUGCCUGGUAUCACAGGAAAAAAGGGUUAUCCAGGGCCACAAGGUAAUUCGGGAUCUCCUGGAGAAGGAAUUGCAGGAACACCAGGAAUGCCUGGUACUCUUGGCAGUGUGGGAGAGAAAGGUGAUAUAGGGAACUCUGGUGAUCCUGGAAGUCCUGGACUUCCAGGUGAAAGAGGAAUACAAGGUCCUUCUGGUAUAGCGAUCACAAUAGCAGGAGCAGAUGGUAAACAAGGCGUGGAAGGGCUUCCUGGGAUAAGGGGCCAACCAGGCCCAAAGGGUGUAAACGGUAAACCUGGCUCACCAGCUAUUGGGGGACCAGGUUUGCCAGGUGUUAAGGGUGAUCCUGGCCCCAGGGUGUUUGGUAAUACUGGUGAGAAAGGAGAUCCAGGAGUAAAUGGAGAACUUGGUGUUUCAGGGCUCAAAGGAGCACCGGGGCCUAUAGGUCCAGUGGGAGAGCAAGGUGUUUCAGGCUCAAACGGCAAUCCAGGGCUUUCAGGAGAUCCUGGGGAAAUAGGGCUGCAAGGAAUUCCUGGAAUACAAGGUGAGGAAGGACCAUCAGGUUCUCCCGGAGUAGCAGGAAUUCCAGGAGAAGAAGGUAUCCGAGGGCCACAAGGACGACAAGGACCACCUGGUCCACAAGGUGAUGAAGGAUCCAGGGGUAGAGAUGGCGAGUUGGGAAAAAGAGGACUUCCUGGUUUUCAAGGGCCUUUGGGUUUGUGUGGCUUUAAUGGAUUGGAGGGACUUUCUGGAAUUAUUGGUGAUCGAGGUUUAACUGGACCUCGAGGUCCUCUGGGGCACAAAGGAAACCAAGGAGAUCCAGGUCCACCUGGUCCAUCAGGCCGAUUCAACGCUUUCAUGUUCAAUGAAGCAGCUGAUGAUAUGGAAAUACAAGGAUCACCAGGGCGUCAAGGCCCCCCUGGCCCCCCUGGCCCCCCAGGGCCACCAGGUCCAGCUGGAGAAAUAAAUGUACCAUCCAGUAGACACGGUACCUAUGCGACAUCGGGAAUGUUAAAUAUUGGUCAGGGCUUUAAAGCUAUUCUCUCCGCACCAUACUCUACACCAGGAUUGCCAAUUGUUUUUGACAGAAUACAAUUCAAUCAAGGCAACAUCUAUGAUCCAGAAACUGGAAUUUUUACAUGUCAGGUACCUGGCAUCUACUAUUUCUCAUAUCACGUCCAUGUCAAAGGCAAAAGUGUUCAAGUUGCAUUAUAUAAAAAUGGCAAACCAAUUCUAUACACAUAUGAUGAUUACAAAGAACGAAAGAUCGAUCAUGCCUCAGGGAGUGUUGUACUACAGCUUCAAGAAGUAGAUCAAAUAUAUUUGCAGUUGCCUUUAGAAAAGUUUAAUGGUUUAUAUUCCUCCAAUAUAAUGCCGUCAUCCUUCUCGGCAUUUCUGAUCCACCAAACCAAUCCAAUGCAAUUGGUACAGUUGUGAGUUGAUAAUCUCAAUUACUGUAUUUUGAAUGAUAAUAAAGAAUUCUGUGAUCAUUUAUUAAAAAAAUAAAAGAUACACAAGCCUGCACAAAAGGACAGAUUAAUAAAUCAUUAAGGAAUCCCUUAAAGACCAAUGUCUAUGUUUGAUAACCUAUAACCUUUUUACUGGAAUUACCUGGUAGAUAAAUUUAUUUUGAAGACAAUAUUUGCACCAUGAAAAAUUGUUGUUUUGCAUCUGCGUGCUACUGAAUACUUUAAGGAAAGGUAUUGAAUGUUAUAAAUUCUCUGUCGUGUGCAGAGAAAUUAAAAUGAAAUUGCACGUAAUUUAAAUUCCAUGUUCAAAAGUAUGAUGCCAACUACACAAUACAUCUUACAAAACAUAGCAUUCAACAAAAUUACAUUAUCUUUCAUUAUAAAUACAGAAAAGGCUUAUAAUAUCUUUAACACCAUUAUGUGAUGCUGCUUUUGUUAUGAAUUGUAUCCACCAUUUAAACAGUGUUAAGGGCCUGUCCCACUUAGGCAAUUUUUUAGGCGACUGUCAUAGUCGUUGCAGGUCGCCGAAAAACCGGCGACUAUACGCCCCUACGACUUACAACAGUACAUACAAAAAUAUUAUAAUAACAUUAAAAUUU